UCUGCUCUUUGCUCCCGGAAGACUCUGCUGCGGAACAUGCCUGCAGAUCAGAGCAUAGGGGGGCCACUGCUUUUCGUGCGGACACGGGGGCCCCUAACUCCAAGGCGACUCCUGCUCAGUUCCCCCCCAGCGUUGGAGUGGGUGCUCUUGGGGGUCAGGAGUAGGAGGGCGCCAUUACCCCGGGGACCACUAUUAGUCCGGAGGGGAGAAGUGCUGCCUGAAAGUGGGGCGCUAAUUGUGGACACCAGACCCACCUUGCAGGGCAUCUUGGGGCCACACACUCGUAUUAGCGUUAUUGAGCUGAAGGGGUACAACAGUGGGAUUGGGGGAGAUGGGAGACCCCUGGAGGUGCAGGAAGAAGGGAGACCCCUGGGGGUACAGGAAGAAGGGAGACCCCUGGGGGUGCAGGAAGAGAGGACACCCCUGACGGUGCAGGAAGAGGCAAGAACCCAGGAAGGGCAGAAGGAUUUGAGAUUCCGAGGAGGGCUCGAUGGUGGGAAACCCUUUGGUCUGCAGGAAGAGGGGAGACACCUGGAUGUGCAGGAAGAUGUGAGACCCCGGGGAGGGCUGGAAGAAGUGAGACCCCGGGAAGGGUUAAAAGAUGUGAUACCCCAGGUACGGUUGGAAGAUGUGAAGCCCCAGGGAGGACUGGAAGAGGGGAGCCUCUGGGGACAAGGAGAAGAAGGGGUCCCCCAGGGUGGGCAGCAAGAGGAGAGAUUGGAGGUGAGGCAUAAAACAGGGAGAACUCCGGGGGUUCAAGAAUGGAGUAUGAGAUGGGGAAAUGGAGACACAAGAUGCCAAGGAGGACAGGGGAAGUUGGUAAAGUGCCCACAGGAAGACUCUAUACAUAUAGGGUUGCAUGUUGGUGGGGUGGUCGGUGGGUCAGCAGGUGCGGUGAGUUCCGGUGAAACACAUUUUCUGGAUUUUAGUGUACUUGGGUUGGAUAUCCACACUCCGCUGGUUUCCAGCUUUGUUCGAGGAACGGGCCCCUUAAGACUCCGUGUGGCUCCUGUUGAUGCCGAAUCAUUGGUUCGGGCAGGAAGACUGCAGGAGGUGGGAGGCCCUUCGGAUCGGUGUUCUGCAUUGUGGGUGAGCAAAAAUCAGCUGCGGGAGCUGGGGCUAUUUCACCGUGAGUGGGUGUGGGUGUCUUUACCAGAGGUGGACAGAAGCACAAAAGUAGCAAGGAAAGAGCCAGCUCCAGUGGACGCCUUGGCUGGAGGGAGAAAACAUCUAGCUAUGAUAUUGGCUGCGGAGCUGUGGUUGGGGCACCCUCACAAAUACAGCCAUCUUCUGAGUACCCCGAGCGUGGCAGGAAGAAGUGCCCCCACAUAUUCUGGCAGCACUGCAGGAUGCACUGCAGUCAUCUCUGCUGUUCUCAGUUUUAACUUGACAGCUGGAACGAGUUCCGUCAAUGAAGUUCUCAUAGAGCGCUACAGCAGCGAGCCCACAGAGGGAAGUCGAUCUGCUCUUAUUGAGCCCCCCUAUGCAAAGGCGCUUUAUAUAGAGAUGGUGAAGUCUCCAUGUUACAGCACUGAAGACUCAUUCAACAACGCUCUAUACCAGUACUUCAAAACACCCAGGUCCGUUCAAGUGGAUGAUAUCCUGUGCGUGUCGUGUCUCUCACAUGCUGACUUUCUGAACAACAAAUCCCGGAUCCCGGUUAGGUGCCCUGACCUCUACUUCAAGGUAAAGAGAAUAGAAGGGCAAGAUGGAGAGGCAACAAGUCCUGGAUACAUGGCGGACACCACUCACACCACUCUCUAUCAGGUGGGCAGCACACACAGCUUUGUCCCCUCCUUUCCGUCUCGCGAUGGCCAGGUGUUUUGGAGCAGUUUGUCACCAGCGGGUCUGUCACAUGUAGUUGAUGACAUGUGCCGAAUACUCCAGCCUCAUCUGCAGAGCAUGAGAGAGGUGCUUGGGGUGGGAGGACGAGUUCUUCUCUGCGGUCCGAAAGGAAGUGGUAAAGUGACCGUGGUGCGAGCAGCCUGCAGUCGACUUAACUUACAUCUGUACCAGGUUGAGUGUGCAAGGCUGUGCAGGGAGAGCAGUGCUGCCAGUGUAACACGUCUCCGCACUCUUUUCUCUCGUGCCUGGGACUGCCGACCCUGUGUGCUGCUGCUUUGUCAUGUGGAUCUUUUGGGGAAGGAGAGAGAUGGAUUUGGAGAGGACACCAGGGUCCUCUCCACUCUUAGUAGUCUCCUUCUAGAGAUGAAAUCUACAAAUAGGGAUCUGCCGCUAAUCGUUGUAGCUACUUCAUCUCGCCCACAAGACAUCCCCCUGGACUUGCACUCCUGCUUUCUUCAUGAGGUUUCCCUGAAAGCUCCAUCAGAAGACCAGCGUGUGUCUCUGCUCACAGUACUGACCGCCCCUCUUCCACUCAGCAGAGAUGUCAGCAUCGCACACCUAGCACGCCGGACAGCUGGUUUUGUUGUGGGAGAUCUCUGUGCAUUGCUAUCAAAAGCCGGGCGUUUUGCAUGUGCCAGAGUCCGAAAUUCAUGUGUUCUCACAGAGGCAGAUGAGGAGGGGCUCUUGGCUGCUGGUUUUCCUAUUACCUCACUGGAUUUGGAUAAUGCGCUUUCUGAAUUACAGGAUGCUCAUUCUCAAGAGAUUGGUGCUCCCAAGGUGCCUUGUGUGCACUGGAAGGAUGUUGGCGGACUACAGGAUGCAAAGCGUCAGCUCUUGGACACGGUGCAGCUUCCCUUGGAGCAUCCUGAAAUGCUGUCCUUAGGGCUCCGUAGGUCUGGGAUCUUGCUUUAUGGACCCCCAGGAACUGGAAAAACUUUGCUCGCUAAAGCUGUGGCCACGGAGUGUGACAUGACAUUCCUCAGUGUUAAAGGGCCAGAAUUAAUUAACAUGUACGUUGGACAGAGUGAGGAAAAUGUCAGAGAAGUCUUCUCUCGCGGGCGAGCUGCUGCCCCAUGCAUUAUAUUCUUUGAUGAGCUGGACUCAUUAGCUCCUAAUCGGGGAAGGAGUGGAGAUUCAGGAGGCGUCAUGGACAGGGUGGUGUCUCAGCUAUUGGCGGAGAUGGACGGACUACACUCGUCAAACGAUGUCUUCGUGAUUGGAGCCACAAAUCGCCCUGAUCUGUUGGAUUCAGCUUUGCUGCGACCUGGGAGGUUUGACAAACUGGUGUAUGUUGGGAUUAAUGAGGACCGUGAGUCACAGCUGAAAGUUCUAGAGGCCAUAACACGCAAGUUCUCUCUGGACCCCGCUGUGGAACUUUCCCUGGUAUUAGAAUACUGUCCGACUGCCCUGACCGGUGCUGACCUCUAUGCUCUGUGUGCAGACGCAAUGAUGAGUGCCGUUAAGGAGAACAUCAAGUGUCUGCAGGAAGGAUUGGAUGAGCCCGGUACGGAGCUGCUUCUUCGCAUGGAACAUCUCGUUCAGGCCGCGGAGCGACUUCGUCCUUCUGUGUCACAGCAGGAACUAGAACGCUUUGAGAAGGUCCACAAGCAGUUUUCUGCGACAACCCCCAAUAUAUAACAGUCGCUUUUUACAGCACCCGGAUGAUGAAUGGUUCAUAGUGUUGGGAAGUGAUAUUGUCCAGGAAAACUGACAAUGUAUAAGAUUGAACAACAGCUUGUGAGCAGCAGUGACUCCCGUCAUUCUACGUUCCAUAGUUAUAGUGCUGAAAUCGUGUACAAUGUCUGAGUAUUCUCUGCCUAAUGCUCAUUUAUGUAUAUAUUCCUGUAAUAAACAUCUGUAUAAACAGUG